UGGUUAAAUUCCCAACGCAAACAUGGCCGCCCGAACAACUCCCUCCCACUGAUUGGCCUUUCGUCGGAGUGGUUCGUGUCAGUUGGGAAGCGCCGUCACACAAUCCGCGAUCGAUCGACGAUUCGACUGCGUUUCCACCGAAUUUUCGCCCUCAGGUGGCCCGAUGAAGUGAGCGGCAGGAGAGCAGAGAAUCCAGCUGACCACGACAGACAAAGCCGACCAAGACCAUGAAAAUGGUGUUGUCCCAGCGACAGCGCGAGGAGCUGAACAAGGCGGUGGCCGACUAUCUGGACAGUGCCGGCUACAAAGACGCUUUGGAGGCGUUCAAGCGCGAGGCGAACAUGUCAGACGAGUCGGACCGCAAGUACGCUGGGCUGCUGGAGAAGAAAUGGACCUCGGUCAUUCGGCUGCAGAAGAAGGUGAUGGAACUGGAGGCUAAGCUCUCUGAGGCCGAGAAGGAGUUCAUCGAGGGCGCGCCCACCAGGAACAAGCGUUCGCCCGCAGAGUGGAUUCCUCGGCCGCCGGAAAAGUUCACCCUCAGCGGACACCGCGGCACCAUCAACAGGGUGAUUUUCCACCCGGUGUACACGUUGGCCGUGUCGGCAAGCGAGGACGCGACCAUCAAGAUUUGGGACUUUGAGACGGGCGAAUUCGAGCGCACGUUGAAGGGACACACAAGCGCCGUGCAGGACAUGGCCCUCGACCCCGCCGGAAAGCUUCUCGUGUCCUGCGGCGCGGACAUGUCAGUAAAGCUGUGGGACUUCCAGACGUACGAAUGCAUCAAGACGAUGCACGGCCACGAGCACAACGUGUCCAGCGUCUGCUUCCUGCCCGGCGGAGACUUUGUCCUCUCCUCCUCCAGGGACAAGACCAUCAAGAUGUGGGAGGUUUCCAGCGGGUACUGCGUGAAGACGUUCACCGGGCACCGCGAGUGGGUGCGGAUGGUGCGGAGCAGCGCGGACGGCUCAAUGAUCGCGUCGUGCUCGAACGACCAGACCGUGCGCGUGUGGCAGGUGCAGAGCGGCGAGUGCAAGGUGGAGAUGCGCGACCACGACCACGUCGUCGAGUGCAUCGCGUGGGCGCCCGACACCGCCCACUCGGCCAUCAACGAGGCCGCCGGCAACGACAACAAGAUCGGCACCCUCGCCGGACCCUUCCUCGCCUCCGGCUCCAGGGACAAGACCAUAAAGGUGUGGGACGUGGGGACCGGCCUGUGUCUGUUCAACCUGGUGGGCCACGACAACUGGGUACGCGGUCUGGCCUUCCACCCUGGCGGCAAGUACCUGACCUCGGCCAGCGACGAUAAGACUCUGCGAGUGUGGGACCUGCGCAACAAACGUUGCAUGAAGACGCUCGAGGCGCACUCGCACUUCUGCACCACCCUUGAUUUCCACAGGAGCAGUCCGUGCGUGGUGACGGGCGGCGUGGACCAAGUUUUGAAAGUGUGGGAGUGUCGCUAGAGAGCGGGUGCUCGCAGCCCGGCCGCCCCCUCGGCCCCCGCCCUGCCGCUAGCUCGCUCGUUGGCUCGCCCCCGACAGUGCUUUACACUUCUCUCGACUCUAGAUUAUUAAAAAUGAAUUAUUGUUUUCGUCGCUUGUUCGGAUUCGGCCCCAACGUCAGCGCUAGUUGCUGCUGCCGCUGCUGCUGUCCGAGCUCGGCGGGCCCCCGACACGCGGGAGCGGCCUCCGUCGCGAUUCCUAAGCUUCACCUACACUCACACUAAUUUUAUCCUCUUGUCUCUGUUCUGUGCGUCGAUAGUUGAUUGACUGAUAGAAAAGGUCGCGUGUCGGAACGCGCUUCCGACCGAAGAGAUUUCGUUUUUUCUUCUUUCCUUCGUGUACAGUUCUCGCUAAAUUAUUAUAAUUAACGCUACUACUUCUACUCCUGCUACUACGCAACACACACACACUCACUGCAUUAAAAUGUAAUUGUGAUUUUUGGUUAGUACGAUAAAAUAGCGUCGGCAUUGCUAGCCCCCUUGCCCCCCUCCCCGCAGCCUCCCCUCCGUGCAACUCGACGCGAUCGUAAUUCUGGAAAGGUGCUCCCGCUGAAAGAGAUUUUUAAUUGUCACUGGAAAGUCCUCGGGCCCGGCAGUCGAGCGAAUCGGAUGUCAAUGCGUGUAAUUAUCAUGAUUCUAUUUGUUGCACAAAGCCUCCCUCAUCAGUCCGACGUGUGACGACUGCUGCUUUAGCAUCCGCAAAAUGAACAAGUAAGACGAAGUAAUCACGCGAUACUGAAUGUUGCUUAGCUCAGUUUCCUUUGUGAUAUAAAUAUGUAUAUCUCGGAAGUAUCUACUCACACACCCACUCAGCGUAAUUGAUGAAGAAGAAAAAAAACAAAUAAUGAAAUACAAGCUUGCGAGUAGUGUAAUUUUUCUCUCGAGCGCCGCCGCCGACGAUUGGCUCCCGUUUUCGCCGCGAAAAUGAGGAGUGCAGCUGCCGCCUUUCCUUAACACACACUCUAUCUUUCUCACUUUCUCUCUCUCCGAAGAAGGAAAUUAAAGAAAAAAAUAAUACCAAACCAAAGAAUCCGAGUGUGCACGGUUCUUGGUGAUAAUUAUUACGAUGUGCUUUGUGAAUUCAGUGCCGCCGCCGCCGCAAAAGAGAAGAAAAUUUAUUCAAUUAGCUAGAGAGGAGGAAAAGAAAUUUGCUGUGCCAACUCGACUGGGUUCGCUUGUUUCAAUUCGCCUGUUUCAUUCGAGAGAGACUCCUUUUCUAUGAUUAUUUCAAUGUACAAAAAGUAUAUGAGUUGCGAAAUGUAAUGCAUCAAUUAAUUUUGUUAUGUAAAUAUUGAAUAAAGUGAUAAACAUGGCAACUGAA